CGUUUGCAAAUUUAUUUUGUUUACAUUUUGAAUUUUUUUGCACAGGUACAUCAGAAAAAUUAGAACGGCAGAAAUGACUCUGGAUGAAGUAAACCCAUUUAAAAACGAUGAACUUAAAGACGCAAAUGAGAAUUCACCUAAUGGAAGUGGAGAACAGUGGAAGUCAUUACCAUCACUGACAGUUGAAGAAAUAAAUGUUGAAGAUAAUAUUCCAAAAGACAGCGAUGAUGACUCCAUUGUCGAGGAUAAAGACGAUGAUAUUAUGAGUGUAUUGAGUACAACUACCACCACAACAACAUCACGUAGCAAAAGUCCCAAUUCCAGAUUUGAUAAAUUACACCGUAAAGUUAAAACUCCUAAAAUAGUUAAACCAUUAUUUAAGUACAAUUGUCAUCUACGCGAGGACCAUGGUCAGCCUUUGUUUGGUGCACAAUUCAACCAUUUCUUAAGCAAUGAACAGGCUGUCUUUGCCUGUGUGGGGAAAGAUCGGGUUUCUAUCUACGAGUGUUCAGGUGCUGCGGAAGAAGAAACUGGUGGUGGUAUGAGACUUUUGCAGUGUUAUGCUGAUCCAGAUCCUGAUGAAAAUUUCUACACUUCUGCUUGGUCCUAUGACCCAGAAACGUCCGAACCUAUUCUGGCUGCUGCCGGCUAUCGUGGUGUAAUACGCCUUUUUAAUCCAUCUAAAAAUAUGAGCACUAAACAUUAUAUAGGCCAUGGUCAUGCCAUAAAUGAAUUAAAAUUUCAUCCUAGACUGCCACAAAUUUUGUUAUCUGGCAGUAAAGACCAUUCGUUACGCUUGUGGAACGUGCACACAGAUGUAUGUGUGGCAAUAUUUGGUGGAGUAGAAGGACAUCGCGACGAAGUACUCUCUGUAGAUUUUGAUUUGAAAGGAGACCGUGUUAUGUCCAGUGGCAUGGACCAUUCACUAAAAUUAUGGUUUCUUAAUAAACCAGCCAUCAAAGAAGCAAUUGAAAACAGUUGCCACUGGAACACCAGCAAGAAUACCACACCCUUUCCUACAAUCAAAGAACAUUUUCCCGAUUUCUCUACGCGCGACGUUCACCGCAACUAUGUCGAUUGUGUUCAGUGGUUCGGUGAUUUCGUACUCUCAAAAUCUUGCGAAAAUUCUAUAGUUUGCUGGAAACCUGGCAAACUGGAUCAACAUGAGUUUAAACCACAAGAGACUACAACUACUAUAAUACACCAUUUCGAUUAUAAGGAGUGCGAAAUAUGGUUUAUUCGUUUUGCCUUCAAUUUGUGGCAUAAAAUUUUGGCCUUAGGCAAUCAACAAGGUAAAACCUAUGUUUGGGAACUAGAUGCUUCCGAUCCGAAUUUAACGAAAUGCAGCACAUUGGUGCACCCCAAAUGUACUACAGCCAUAAGGCAAACAACAUUUUCGAAAGACGGUUCUAUAUUGGUGUGUGUUUGUGAUGAUGGUACUAUUUGGCGCUGGGAUCGGUGUAUUUAAAUGGAAAAAAUACAAUUGUCGUAGAAAGGAGAAAGUUAUUCUCAAAAUUUUGAUUUUAUGAUGAAAGUUAUAUAUACUUUGAUAUAAAUAUCAUCAUACAUAUAUAUGUAUACUAAGUUAGAUAUUAGAAUUUAUAUAAAUAACUAUAUUUGUUUUAGUUAACAUUUAGAGCAUUGCUUAAAGAAA